UUUUUACCCGCCAAUGAUGCUGACGCCGUCAGCAACGUCGAAAGCGAAAGCUUGACGCAACAAGAAGGCGCAGCAUGCGCACCACGCCCUGUGCCCACUGAAAAUCUAGCAAAUCGAGUGCAGAUUGGCACCUCGGAAGUUGACGUGCUUCCGAAGGUCGACAUGAGGCAUGCUGAAAAGCAAAAUAGCAAACAUAUGAUUAGUACGCCCCCAUUUUUUGCCACCAGUACGAUUGCCAUACCGGUCCAGCGUCGCAGUGAAGCCCUCAUCAGCCUAGCAGAGGCGCGCAAAAGUAAGCUAGAACGACCCCGUGUUGCACGUACGAGCUAUGAUUUCGGUCGCAUACUUUCUGCCUUACCUGUGGCAGACGUUUUGAAAAUGAUACCAACCGGUGAUGACCGACCGAUGACAAACACUAUUCCUACAACAGAGAAGAGGACAAAGCCCUCCACGUCCAAAGAUGAAGGGGAAGCAUUGUUAGAUCGUGAACGGUCAGCUGGUUUUCGUUUCCAGCAUCGCGACGUCCACGAGCUGGAGUACAUCCACUUCUUUCUGAAGCUAGGGAUUAUGAUUGUCCCCGAAGGCCAAUACGUCGAUCGGGAAACGGGUGGCCUUGCGCUUUUUCUCCCUGCGCGUUUGCGGCUCCGGUUCUGGCAUCGAACACUCGCAUCUCACUUUGGUGCUCCGUCUUCUACUUCACGAAGUUGUCUUCAAGAAGGUGAUAACGCCAGUGCCAGUCCAGUCCUCCUCCUGCGUGGUGGCGAUGUUGAGAAGGCUCUCUUGCAGGGUGAAGAGCGGACAGUGCGAUGGAGCGGGGAACGCGUCCGAGAGGCCUUUCAGCGGCAGGUCUUGCGACUUGCCCAUGAAACUGAGAACUUUACUAAAGGUGGCAUUGGCGAUUGCGCUGCAGGGAGAAAUGUGCGCGAACAGCUCAGAACCGAACUCGUUUUUCAGUUGCGGCAGCUUGGGGCCAGUGCAGCAGAUGUGCAAGAGGCAAUGGCGCCAAUCGAAAUCGUCAUCUAAGAGGUUUGUAACAGAUUGAUAUCACGCAUAAGUACAUGUAACGGAUCUUGCCUCUCAAUCUGCGUAGCACUUGAUGUAGUUAGCUGUAGCUCGCUAUCCACUUGCAACUGGAAGAAGCGAAAAAGGGAACAGUAAUAGAAAAAGCUUUGAGGCUUUUUGAAAUUAUCUUGGCCUUGCUCAACUGGUCAUGGCGAUAUCAGAACUUAGUCUUUGCAGAAAGUAUAAUUGCCAGCAUGUUGUGUUCUUAAAAGUCGCCGACAUUCUUCGACUUUACGUACUAGUUUGAAGUGGAAGACUGUAAAAGCAAGUCGUUGGUCGCAAAGCUGCUUCAAAUCGAGAGAAAUAGCAAACGGUGCAAAGAAAUUCCGAAAAUAUUUUUCAAGUGCUUACACUUUUUAGAACAAAGUAGACCAGGGAUUUUUACUGCAUUUAUGUGAAGUCAUUUCGAGGAGGUGCACCUCCUGGCGCUUUUGUUUAGGACACGCGAGUUUGGUUAAAUAUAUAAGACUCUCUAUAAGUAUUCACAACGAUCGAGAGAGCUAGACAGCCUUAUGGGCACGCACGUGACUUUGUGAAUCGAGAGACCUACGUGGGGGCAAGAUCACGUCUUUCUGCGGGGAGACGUCUUCGUUUUGCUCCAUUUUUCCAUUUUCACUCUCGUGCAUAUACUAAUUACAAUUUUUGGUCGGCUUUCUUGUGAUCGAUUAGUAGAUACACAGGAGACGGUCUAGCAUUCUGGGGUAAGUGGCAGGCUUUUACGGCAAGCCUAUUCUGUCA